CCUGUGUGGAGUCUGUAUGUUCCCAUUCCUUUUGAUAUUUGAAUUUAUUUUAAGUUGAUGACUUUAUUUGCCCUACAAAAAAUAUUUCAUUACAUAGUAUACCCCUUGCCCUGGCAUUUUUAUUGCUACAGAUUUAGAAUUUACAUUGCAUUGUUAUUGUGACCAGUGUUUGUUUUCAACUAAAGAGGAGGAAAACGAAUAAAAGCUUACUGCUUUAAGAUGGCCGCCGAUCACAAACCCCGCCGACUUCAACUUUUUGCAUCUUGCUAUGUAUAUGACAUCUUUGUCCAAGGAUCAACACUUCCGGUUUACUGUCGGUGCAUGAGCUGUCACAUGAUAUUCUGAAAAACAGUGUCGUGAACGUCAAACACAAUGGCAGCCUUCCUACAAUGGAGGAAAUUUGUAUUUUUUGAUAAGGAGACUGUAAAGGAUCCUUCGGAUAACGGAAAACCAUUCAAUCUUCCAAAUGGAAUAUCGGCUUGCGACUCCGGACGAGGCUAUAUUGUUCUUGGAGAUAUGAGUGGCAAUAUCUGGCUUUUGAUGCGACUUUUGCAGCAAACAACCUUCCAGGCUUACAAAUUACGAGUUACACAUAUUUACCAACUGAAACAACACAGCAUUCUUGUAACGGUGGGGCAGGACGAACAUGGAAUAAACCCUCUCGUGAAGGUCUGGAAUUUGGACAAAAGAGACAGUGGAAGUCCGCUUUGCACAAGAAUUUUCCCUGCGAUCCCAGGCAGCAAACCAACAGAAGUUUCUUGCCUCAGUGUACAUGAGAACCUCAACUUCAUGGCAAUUGGUUUCACAGAUGGCAGCGUGGUUUUGACUAAAGGUGACAUAACUCGUGAUCGACACAGUAAAACUCUCACUCUGCACGAGGGAACCAUCCCGGUCACAGGCCUCGCCUUCCGUCAAGUUGCUAAAGUCACGCAUCUGUAUGUUGCGACGCUUGAGAAAGUCCAUUGCUACUGUCUUUCUGUCAAAGAGUAUCCAAAGGUAGAGCUGGAUACACAUGGCUGUGCACUUCGCUGCUCAUCCCUCACAGAUCCUUCACAGGAUUCUCAAUUUAUUGUGGCUGGUGACGAAUGCGUGUAUCUGUACCAGCCUGACGAACGAGGUCCCUGCUUCGCUUUCGACGGAACCAAGAUUUUGGCUCGCUGGCAUCGUGGAUAUCUUUUCUUAGUUAUCCGGAAUACAAAGACAAGGUUUGGUAGCAGGGAAAGCUGUCCGUCAGACAAGCAGUUACUGACCAUCUAUGACUUGGACAAUAAGUUCAUCGCCUAUAGUGCCUUAUUUGACGAUGUCAUUGAUGUGGUAGCAGAGUGGGGCUCUUUCUUUGUACUCACCAGAGACGGAAAAAUGUCUAUUCUCCAAGAGAAGGACACACAGACCAAACUGGAAAUGCUGUUUAAGAAGAAUUUAUUUGUGAUGGCCAUCAACCUGGCGAAAAGCCAGCAUCUAGAUAGUGACGGAUUAUCAGAGAUCUUCAGACAAUAUGGAGAUCACCUCUACCUUAAGGGAGACCAUGAUGGUGCCAUUCAGCAAUAUAUUCGCACCAUUGGAAAACUUGAACCAUCUUACGUCAUAAGAAAAUUUUUGGAUGCACAGAGGAUCCAUAACCUGACGGCUUAUCUACAAGCAUUGCAUAGGCAGUCACUAGCCAACGCAGACCAUACCACACUGCUGCUCAACUGUUAUACAAAGCUUAAAGACAGUGUGAAGCUGGAAGAGUUUAUUAAGAGCAGUGAAAGUGAGGUUCACUUUGAUGUUGAGAUCGCCAUUAAGGUUCUUCGACAGGCCGGGUACCACAGCCAUGCUGUUUUCUUGGCAGAGAAGCACAUGCACCAUGAUUGGUAUUUAAAGAUUCAGCUGGAAGAUCUCAAGAACUAUGAGGAAGGGUUACGCUACAUUGGACGCCUACCUUUUGAACAAGCCGAAAGCAACAUGAAGCGUUAUGGCAAGACAUUAAUGCAUCACAUUCCUGAAGGUACAACACUGCUUUUGAAGGGAUUAUGCACCAACUAUCACCCAAGUGGGGAUACUUCUGGAACAGACAGCCACUUUGAGAAGAACCUGCUUAACAAGGCCAACUCUGAGGAGUUCAUUCCAAUCUUUGCCAACAAUCCCCGGGAGCUCAAAGCCUAUUUGGAGCACAUGAUUGAGGUGGAUCCCAACUCUCCACAGGGUGUUUAUGAUACACUGCUGGAGCUCCGACUUCAAGACUGGGCACAUGAACAGGACCCUGAGAGGAAAAAGAUCCUCCAGGGUGAAGCGUUGUCGCUCCUUCGCAGUGACAAUACUGUGUUUGAUAAAGCCCUGGUCCUCUGUCAGAUGCACAAUUUUAAGGAGGGUGUCCUUUACCUGUAUGAGAAGGGCAAAUUGUACCAACAGAUUAUGCACUACCACAUGCAGAAUGAGGUGUAUGACAAAGUGGUUGAAGCCUGUAAACGUUAUGGUGACCAGGAAGGUUGCCUGUGGGAACAAGCUUUGGGGUACUUUGCCAGAAAAGAAGAAGACUGCAAGGCCUACAUCAGUGAGGUUUUGGGUCACAUUGACCAAAACAACUUGAUGCCUCCUUUACUUGUGGUGCAGACACUGGCCCACAACUCAACAGCAACACUAUCUGUUAUUAAAGACUACCUGAUCAACAAGUUACAAAGGGAGAGCCUACAGAUAGAGGGCGAUGAAUGUAAGAUACGACAAUAUCGCGAAGAAACUGCUCACCUCCGCUCGGAGAUCCAAGAGCUUAAAACAAGUGCCAAAAUAUUCCAGAAGACCAAGUGCAAUAUGUGCAACAGUCCCCUGGAACUUCCAUCAGUUCAUUUCCUGUGCAGCCACUCUUUCCACCAACACUGCUUCGAAAGUUAUGCCGACAACGAGGCCGAAUGUCCAACGUGUGCUCCGGAAAACCGCAAAGUCAUUGACAUGCUCCGGGCCCAGGACCAGAAACGUGACCUGCAUGACCAUUUCAACAGACAGCUGCAGAGCUCCCAUGAUGGAUUCUCUGUUGUGGCUGACUACUUUGGCAGAGGUGUUUUUAACAAACUCACUCUUCUUACGGACCCGCCUGGUAGCAAACCCGUCGGGAACGUCGAAGUGAAUUUGCAGAGAGACCUCAUCCGCACCAAAAGGAACUGCUAAAAGAAAAUAUCAUUGUCAUUUGAAGCUGUCUGUAGUUACCUGUAAUUAUACCGAGGUCACAUCUUUUGCAUUUUGCAUCUAUGCUUCUAUGUGUUUCCAUACAUUAAAGGCACUUUUAUCUUGCCCGGUAUGUGAUUCGAUAAAAACAUUAUUAAAGGCACUUUUAUCUUGCCUGGUAUGUGAUUCAUUCUAAAACCUAUAUAUAGUCCUUCAGAAUUGUAGUUGUGUACUUGUGUACUGAUGCCGAAAUGAAAUGGACUCCUUUCCAUACUCAUAACACCUGGAACAAAGAUCUCAUCAGUGGAAUAAAAGAAGACUUGUUAGCACCAGCCUAAGCAUGGUAACCAGAGGCCCUCAGAUUUAGAAUGAGCUCGACGAAAAUCCAAACGUGUUGAAAUCCAUCUCCACCUUUAAAACGAUGCUAAAAAGCACUAUGAUCAGUAAAUAUAACAAUACCAACAUACCUAGGUUAUAAAUUCUCUUCUUGGGAAGUUUUUUGGUGUGUGUGUAUUCAGUUUUAUUGUUUGUUGGUAUGUUAUUGUAUGAGGAUACUAUAAUAUGCUAUAACUCACCCUUUCUGCUCUUCUGUAAUUUUUCUUAUGACUGUCUUGAUGUACGCAGGAUCCUGACUAAAAGCUUUUAGUAGCUUCUUAGGGAGACCUGACUCACACAUAAUCUUGGCUCGGCGCUAUGAUAUGAUGUACACUUUGUAAAUAUGAAUGUGUGAAUAAAUUGAAUUGAAAGAGUACACGAUUGUUGAUAAUGUGGAGGCUUUAUUUGUGCAGAAAUAUCACGUCUCCUAAUAUACCGGAGGUGGGUUGGGUAGCCAAAAAUUUUAGUCAUGCGUAGCGUUACUUCAAAAUGUAAAAAGUAGUAAUCCAAAAA